AUGGUAUUCGCCAAAUCCCUCAAGUCAGACCCUCUUGGCAUCGUGGAUACUCGACUGACGAUGACGGAGUCACAUGCGGAUUGCUUCUUUUCACCUCUCUUUGCGCCAUUCACCGGGCUUGGCGGAACUGACGAAAGACAGCCCGGUGGCCAGACAGAAACAGAAGCAAGCCCAAAGCAGGCCCACCGAAUCCUCGAAUUUCGCGAGUCAUUUCGUGGUUUCGGUUCCAGCCGAAAAUGUCCUCGACUUGAGCUGGAUGUCGCUGUGGAUAAGUAUCACACUCUUGACGGCCUCGCCGAGCCGUUGAAUCCCCAAAACACACCAGCAUCAAAUAGCGAACAAGACAGCGCGGAGGAAUCUAUCGAACCCCUUCGUUGCUACAAACUGGAGAACUUGCAGACGAGUCCUGUACCUCAGAUCGAGGACUUCAAUUUCGAUUGCUUCCAAGAUUCGCCAGAGGCAAGCUCUGUCCAUAAAGAGAAUGGAAGCGAAUCCCCCAAACCCUCAAAAUUGCGACGCCUCUCCGUUGGUCGCCAACAGUGGAUCAAACCCACUGUUGCUGCCCUGUCUUAUCAUCAGCCAGGCACAAAUGCCGGCAACUUCAACAAACCUGGGAACUCAGAUUCACCGCUGCGAUGUGUUCGAUUUUCUCCUCCUCCGGCCUCUCCGUCUCCACCUCCUCGUGUGAUACGUCAUCCGCUACCGUCGAUUGAAAGAAGGCAGGACUAUGUUGCCUUGUAUCGACAGAAGAAACAAUACCGGAAAUGGAAGGUUGCUGGUUGCGCAAACUCUCGGAAAAGCUCAGCAUGCAACGUUUCUGCCAGUAGAACGCAAUCUCUGGCACCCCGCAUCCCAAAGAACCAUGAUUUGUGUGGCUCGUCCUUUUCCAGCUUGCCUUAUCGUGAAACACGUCAAACAUCAUUCCUCGCUCGUGUAGGCUUGAGUAGUGGUGCUCGAGAAGUGCGAGCCGAUAAUGUGGGCGAAACUCCUGAUGCAGAUGGCUCCAAUAUUGCGAUUCACACUGAGCAGAAUCUCCCUGCUUUUUUUGCUGUUUCAUUUUCGCUUUACAAAAACCGACCUGCGCCUACUCCAUCCACUGAGCAAGAACCAAAAUACGCUUUCCGAUUUCGAAUCACUCGAACCGAUCUCCCUCAACAACCCUCUCCACAUUUCCCCACUGAAUUCGAACACACCAGUUGCCACCCGACUAUCGAUGACUUGCUAUUCCACACUUGCUUCAUCAUCCCCGCGCUAGUUGUACUGCUACCUCUCAGUGUCAUCUUCGUUGCAACACACCCAUUGGUCAACACCCGGCCCGGUGCUGCAAUGCUCUACCUUGCCAGAGCUUUACUGUAUCUACUGAUGAACACCAUCAUUCGUGUGUUAUCUAAAUGCGGAGUGUCAUGCGGCUGUCAGUGGAAUCCGGACCCCGUCCAUUCGAAGUGA